CCAUAUAUCGAGCGCUUCAAUCCACACUCCAUCACCAUGGCUGUUCUCUCUCAAGACGAAAUAAACAGAGGUCUCGGCAUCAGGAAGGCCACAGUGCAAGAUUUGUCCUUUUUGCAGGCUAUCGUCAAUGCCAGCUACUCGAAAUACAUCGAGCGGAUGGGAAAGCCCCCUGCGCCGAUGCUCCUAAAUUAUGACGAAUUACCCAAAGGACAAGAUAUUUUCGUUUUGGAGACUAUUUCUGAUGAAAAAGGCUCUGAAAUUGUUGGCUCGAUUACACUUGCCAUGGAUGAUGCAGACGGUGCGGUCAAGAUCAGCAAUGUGGUUGUUGGGCCUGCAGCUCAAGGGCGAGGAUAUGGCCGUACGCUGAUGGAUUUUGCAGAGGGAGUGGCAAGAGACAAGGGUGUCGAUUCGCUGGUUCUAUAUACUAAUGCAAAGAUGCAUGAGAAUAUCAGCCUGUAUCCAAAAUUUGGGUAUAUAGAGACGGGGAGAAAGAGCGAAGAUGGUUACGAUCGAGUGUAUUUUCGCAAGCAGCUGAAGGACUAGGGUUGCCUGUAAGCAUGAUGCAAGGUAUAUCUGUAGUUGCCUCGUUGAUAAGAAGGAUUCUAAACCAUGAUAUGAUUAGUGAAAGUAACAUUAGUAAUGACUGAG